UACCAAUUGGCAUCUCUUCUUUCGAUUCUCAGCAUCUAUAAUCAGAUGCUCUCUUCAAAUCGCAUCAUACGGCUCAUAAUUCAUCUGUUAAUUCUAUAAAAACUCGACCUUAUAUUCAGUUUCUAGAGAGAAAAAAAAGGGCGAUAGAGAGAGAGAGAUAGAGGGAGAGAGGUGGGGUGUUAAAGAUGAAUUCAUUGGAUUCUCCGCUUGAAGCUCUAGCUUUUAAUUACUUGAGCUAUGGCUUAUUGACGGCGGUUAACAGUAUAUGGCCGUGGAUUGCUGUUUUAACUGCCGCCGUUAGCUUCUGGAGGAUCAGAGCUUCAUCAUCUUCAAAUUUGUCUACACGUGCCCGAAGCCCAGAUAGCGUGUCGACUUCUUCGUCGUCACCGUUAAAGAUGGAUGAGGGUGCGGUGGAGGCGGCUGUGGGUUGUGGUGACGGUGAGGUGGCCACAGUUUCUUCAACUCAAUCUGAUACCGAGUAUUUAUCGGGAUCAAAUAAGAAGUGCCGAGUUUUAGAGAGAGAAGGUAGUACGAAAGGGAAGUUUACGCUGUAUUAUAGUGAAAAGGAUGAGUUUAAGACGGGCGAAGGUGAUGACAACGGUGGCGGAAACGGUGCUAGAGAGGUGACAUAUGAGAAAAUGGGACGGUGGUGCGAUGAUUGGGAGAGGAUGAUGAUGGUAAAAAUGGCAGAUAUGGGGUGGUAUCAGUACCAGGACUUAACGGUUCUUGAUGGCAGUGUUGUUAGAUUAUGGGACAGUAAACGUCAGAUAAACGCCGCUGCAGUAGGUGGCGAUAGCUGGUAGUUGUAUUGUACGAGGUUGUAGUAUGAGAACAAUAAUUUUUUAGAGCUCUGCAAAAUUGUAUAGUUGUAUUUUGUCAAAGUUUCUAAAAUUGGAUGUAAAUUGAUAUUUUUAAAAUUAUUUUUACAUUAUUAUUUACAUUUAGAUAGAUCUAAAUUUCAAGUCUACUGUAAUGAGAAUUGAGAAGAUCUAAAUUUAUUUUUUACCUUCUA